AUGUCCACUCGCAAGGCCGCAGAAAUCAGCGCAAGUUCCUCCUCCAGCAACGAUGAGAACGAACAUACACCAGUUGCCAAGAAACUCAAAUGUUCGUCCACAGAUUUGAUUAUUCGAUUAGGCCAAGAGAAAUACGAGUUUCAUUGCCAUGCCGUGCUCAUGGCCAAUCACAGUGACUUCAUUGAUGCGACUUUGGCUUCGCCUAUGCGAGAAUCACAAACAAGAAUCAUUGAUUUGCCCGACAUUUCGCCGCGAAUAUGGGGACUGAUGAUGGAGAUAUUGGAUUCACCGCCCACCAUGACACCAAUCGCCAAGAAUAUGGACGACCUGAUACUGGCGGCGGAAAAGUUUGACCAAUACCAGUUUGUUAAUGGUUUUGCUGUCUGUGGGACCCAUGUUGCCUUGGCCUUUCAAGCGUUUUCCAAAAUGUUUGUUGCAGAACCCUUGCGAGUGGGACAACGUAUGACCAGAUUUAUUGAGUAUGCCCUCAAAUGCGACAAGAUUCAGCUAAAACUGAGCAACACAGCGAUUACAUCCUUUUUUCGUCGGGCCAUCAAUUUGCCACAAGAACGAGGGAACCAUUAUGGUGGACUCAUCUUUUCCAAAGAACAGCUUCAAAAAUUGGCACCACUGAUUGCCGAAGAAAAUUUAUUGGGUGAUCAAUGGACCAAGGAAGAAAUAUUGUGUCCGUUGUUUCCAAAGUACUAUUUGGCUGCAACUCUAAAAGAGUAUGAAGAGAAACGAUUCGGACCCUUGCACAAACACAAGCCAAUGAAAUUGGCCAUUUUGCGAUUGGUCCAGAGCUCUUCCAAAAAGUACAACGUUGCUGCACUCCAAAAGACGACAGCCUUGCCGGUUACGACACCUUCCUUUGCCGGUACACCGCAACAAAAUGAUGGCGCUGUCUGGAGUGAAGAGCUGCAAAACUCCCGGCUAGUCUUGCGAAAGACAAUGCAAGGGAACUGGGUUAUCGCCGUAUCCCGAAACCAAAAUAACGAAGGGAAUCGCAACAAUUGGCGGAUAUUAUGGAUAUCUCCAAUGAGUAUCAAUUGUGUCAAUGUUCCGCCAAUGAAGCCAUGGUGCAGAGUUGAUGAUGGCGCCCCCACUGGAACCUUGAGCAUAUUCAUGGGGUCCCAAGGAUCCGGGCCACUUCCAGCUGCCAUGGGAGGACGAGCUGUCAAUGGAACCAACGGUGGCGAUGAUGCGGCUGCUGACGCUCCAGCUGCCAAUAAUGGCAACGACAAUAAUAACAAUGGCGCCAAUGGGAAUGGAAAUGCUGGCGCAGGGAAUGUCCGACCAGGGCCUCCUCCACUGGAAUUGCAGCAUCCAAUCAAUUAA